GAGUUCGCGCUCCUGCUCACCCACCGCUAGGUCGCUAGGUCCUGCUGGGUUCAGCCACCAUGUCCAUCCACUUCAGCUCGCAGGCGUUCAGCUCGCGCUCCGCCGCCUUCCCGGGCCGCGGCGCCCACGUGCGCCUGAGCUCCGCACGCCCGAGCAGCUUAGGCAGCCGCAGCCUCUAUGGCCUGGGCACCUCGCGACCGCGUGUGGCCGUGCGCUCCGCCUACGGGGGCCCAGUGGGUGCCGGCAUCCGCGAGGUCACCAUCAAUCAGAGCCUGCUGGCUCCGCUGCGGUUGGACAUCGACCCCUCCAUCCAGCAGGUGCGCCAGGAGGAGCGCGAACAGAUCAAGACUCUCAACAACAAGUUUGCCUCCUUCAUCGACAAGGUGCGGUUCCUGGAGCAGCAGAACAAGAUGCUGGAGACCAAGUGGGCGCUGCUGCAGGAACAGAAGUCAACGAAAAGCAGCCGCCUCCCCAGCAUCUUUGAGGCCCAGAUUGCUAACCUGCGGGGACAGCUUGAGACACUGCAGGUGGAUGGGAGCCGCCUGGAGAUGGAGCUGCAGGGCAUGCAGGAUGUGGUGGAAGACUUCAAGAACAAGUAUGAAGAGGAAAUCAACCGUCGCACAGCUGCUGAGAAUGAGUUUGUGGUGCUGAAGAAGGAUGUGGAUGCCGCCUACAUGAACAAGGUGGAGCUGGAGACCAAGGUGGACAGCUUGAAUGAUGAGAUCAACUUCCUCAAGACCCUCAAUGAGACGGAGCUGGCAGAGUUGCAGUCCCAGAUUUCAGAAACAUCUGUGGUCCUUUCUAUGGAUAAUAGCCGCUCCUUGGACCUGGAUGGCAUCAUUGCUGAGGUGAAGGCCCAGUACCAGGAGAUGGCCAAUCGUAGCCGGGCCGAGGCUGAGACCUGGUACCAGACCAAGUUUGAGACCCUCCAGGCCCAGGCCGGGAAGCAUGGAGAUGAGCUCCGGAACACCCGGAACGAGAUUGCAGAGAUGAACCGGGCCAUCCAGAGACUGCAGGCUGAGAUCGACAACAUCAAGAACCAGCGUGCCAAGUUGGAGGCCGCCAUCGCCGAAGCUGAGGAGCGUGGGGAGCUGGCACUCAAGGACGCUCGCACCAAGCAGGAGGAGCUGGAGGCUGCCCUACAGCGGGCUAAACAGGACAUGGCACGACAGCUACGCGAGUACCAGGAGCUCUUGAACGUCAAAUUGGCUCUGGAUAUUGAGAUUGCCACCUACCGCAAGCUGCUAGAGGGCGAGGAGAGCAGGUUGGCCGGAGAUGGAGCAGGAGCCGUGAAUAUCUCAGUGGUGAAUUCCACUGGGGGCAGCGGCAGUGGGCUGGUCUUCGGGGGAACUAUGGGCACCAAUGCCUUGAGCUUCUCGAGCUGCAGGGGGCCUGGGACCUUCAAGGCCCAUUCCAUCAGAACCACAUCCACCACCCGCCGGAGCACCUACAACUGA